GAAUUUUGCUUUUAAAAAUGGUUGAUGUAAAGUUUUUAACAGAGGUUGCAAUUACCGCAUGUGUUGAAUAAGUUUUCAAGUUAAAUAAUAAAUAUAGUGUUUUAAUAAUGUAAAAAAAACGUUAGAAUUUUGUGAGAAUAUUUGUAAAAGUUUUAUAUAUAAAAAUAUGCAUUUUAAACGACUGCAUACUUGUUGCACUGUUUUAAAAGAAAGAGCAAUUAAUGUAAAAGGAAAAAAACACAGCUCAAAUUUAUGGUUAGCAAGACAAAUGAAAGAUCCUUAUGUUGAAAAAUCAAAACAAGAGAAUUAUCGUUGUCGAAGUGCAUUUAAACUUUUGGAAAUAAAUGAAAGGUUCAACAUUUUGUAUCCUGGUAUGGUUGUAGUAGAUUGUGGUGCUGCUCCUGGAAGUUGGACGCAGGUUGCUGUAAAAUUAACAAAUGCCAAUGGAGCUCUAAAUGAAUGUCCAAAAGGUUUAGUUUUUUCUAUAGAUAAACGAAUUUUCCAAUCAAUUGAGGGAGCAGAAAUUCUUGGAAAUAGUGAUUUUACACAUCCUGAUACACACAAUAAACUUCGAUUAUUGUUAAAAGAAUCAUUAGUGGAUUUAGUUAUGUCUGAUAUGGCACCAAAUGCUACAGGUGUUAAAAAAUUAGAUCAUGAUAUUAUAAUUGAUCUAUCUUAUUCGGCGAUGAAAUUUGCAUUGCAAUUUUCAAAACCAGGUUCAUCUUUUUUAACAAAACUUUGGGAUGGUGAAAAAACAUCUCAAUUGCAAAAUGAUUUAAUGAAAUUUUAUAAAACUGUAAAAUUUAUUAGACCUAAAGCAACAAGAAUUGAUUCCACUGAACAAUUUUUAUUAGCUAGAGAUUUUAAAGGACUAAAGUCCAGUUGAAAACAAAUUGUCUAGUCUUUUGUGAUUUAGUAAUAUAAAAGUGAUUAUUUGUGAAAUUGGAGAAGAAGAAAAAAAAUACAAAAUCGCGUAUAUAAUAUAUAUGCAAUGUACAUCAAUAUAUUUAGCUAUAAAUAAUACAAUAGUAUUUAAUACAAUACAAUCAAUACAUCUUUACGACAGAGUUAACACUUGCAUCGCUUUUUACGCUGUAUAUACAUUUUUUUUUUUCUUUAAUAAAAUUAAUAUGUACAUAAAUUAACGCACUUGACGUUAAAACAAAAAUGAAAUAUAAAGUUACUGGCCGCAAUGUCAAGUAUGUACUAAAUAAUUUAUUGAAAAUUUACAAUUAUUUAAUACAAAUGAAAAAAUAGACAUUUUAAAAUUAAUAUCUUGCAUUUCAGCAAAAUUUCUAAAAAUUUUAAAUAAUUUUUUUUUCGACGCAAAACAAAUAGAAGAUUAAAAAAAAAACAAAAUUGAAUAUUUUACAAUUUGCAGAGGCCAUAAUUCUUUGGAACGUCACAAACGAAGGACGAAGAUUACUUGUGAAUCGAUACAUUAAUACAGACACAUUCUUUUUUUUUUUUUUUUUUUUU